UGAUUGAUUGUUUCCAAAUCGGCCGCAGAAAAAUGGAUGACGUCGCCUCUGCCCAGAGCGAGAAUGAAAAUCUCCGCAAGAUUCGGAACCGCCUGAUGCAAUGGGAGUCCAAGACGGAUCCGCUGGCGGCGCUGAGUGUCCAGCAGGAGGAGCUUCUGGACAUGCUGACCAAUCUGUGGCGGGACAGUGGAUCAUCGGCAUCGGUUCCGGGUACGCCCACUCAGGCAGGUCCACCGGACUCCAUCCUGACUGCAUGUCAUCCCCAAAGUGGGGACAACAUUGAGCUGCCAUCGGAGGGAUUGCAGAACACCAAUGAUUUCCUGCUCUGGUUUGCGGACGUCAGUGCCGAGAUCGAGCAACGUGGCGAUGCGGACUACCACAAAUAUCUGCAGCAGCUGGAGCAGCGCAAGGCGGAGUGCUCGCACAUGCUGGACCAGAUCGCGGGGGCCAUGGAGCGCCUGGGCGCCCUCUGCGAUGAGUAUGACUUUGUGUCCCAGAAGACGAGUGCCCUAAACACGGCCAGUGAGCAGUUGAUCGAGGAACAGGAGAAGCUCCAGGAGCUAAGCCACGAAAUCCAGCGACGAUUGCACUACUUCAGCCAGGUGGAGUUGCUCAAUCAGCGACUGCAGAGUCCCACGCUUUCGGUGGCCAGCGAAGCUUUCCGGGAAUGCCUCAACAAGAUCGACGAAUGCCUCAACUAUAUCGAGGAGAAUCCCAAAUUUAAAGAUGCCGCCACCUACAAUGUGAAGUACAGGCAGUGCCUGGCCAAAGCCUCCGGUUUGGUGCGCAACUAUGUGACCAGCGUGAUCAACCAAGCCACCGAGGCCACACUGCAUCCCAAGAACAAUGUACCAGAUGCCUCCAGUGCCCUCAAAGCGCCGGAUGCCGCCUUUGCCCUGUACUAUGGCAAAUAUCAGACGGCAGCGGCAAAGGUAAAGCGUGUGGCUCAGUUGAUAGAGGCGCGUUCGGAGCACAGCCAGGACUAUGGACAGCUUAUGGCGGAUCUGCAGCAGCAUUAUUUGGCGCAAAGGGCCAGCGUCAUGUCGCCGGCAGUCAAUUCGUCCAUACAAAAUGUGAAACUAGCCCACAAGGGAGAUCAUUGCUCUUUAACUCGGAGUGCCUGUGCCUUUUUGGUGCAUGUUUGCCAGGAUGAACAGCGUUUGUUCUAUCAGUUCUUCAGCACGGGAGCUGCACAUUUGACAGUUUAUCUAGAGGGCUUGUGCACUAUACUUUACGACACCAUGCGACCCUUUAUCAUACACAUCAAUCACUUGGAAACGCUGGCCGAGAUCUGCUCAAUUUUACGCAUAGAAAUGCUGGAGGAGCAUGUCCAGCAGAACCCUGCUGCCCUGGAGGCCUUUGGCAUCAUUGCUCAUCAACUGCUGCAGGAUGUGCAAGAGCGUUUGGUUUUUCGAGCGCAUUUAUACCUCCAGUCGGAUAUUCAGAACUUUAAUCCCUCAUCGGGGGAUUUGGCUUACCCCGAGAAGUUGGAAAUGAUGGAGAGCAUUGCCUUGUCGCUACAAGAACCUCCUACUUUGCGUCGCUCGGAUUCUCGCGCCUCCAUGAUUUCUAGUGUUUCGAGUGUUGUGGAAACCGAAAGCGUGGACACUGCCUACAGGGUGAAGCAGAUGAAUUCCCCUGCUGAUCUGCAUGGCAUGUGGUAUCCCACAGUGCGUAGGACUUUGGUGUGCCUGUCUAGGCUCUACCGCUGCGUGGAUAGACCCAUUUUCCAGGGACUCUCGCAGGAGGCUUUAAAACUCUGCAUCCAGAGUGUUUCGCAUGCGGCUGGCAAGAUAUCCGCUAGCAAAACGCCCAUCGAUGGAGAGCUUUUCGAAAUCAAGCACUUGCUUAUACUGCGAGAACAAAUAGCCCCAUUUCGAGUGGAUUUCACAGUGAAAGAAACCUCGCUGGACUUUAGCAAGGUGAAGACCGCUGCCUUUGGUCUUUUGCAGAAGCGCAAGCAGCUCUUCUCCAUGGGCAGCAACAAUGCUCUGCUGGAAUUUCUGCUGGAGGGCACGCCGCAGAUUAAAGAACAUUUGCUGGACUCGCGAAAGGAAGUUGACCGCCAACUGAAGUCGGUGUGUGAGAAGUAUAUCAAGGAUGCAGUGCACAUGCUCGUAGGUCCGCUUGUUACAUUCCUGGAAAAGGCGCAAAGUCUGUUGGCAGCGCCACAAGCCACGGAUUCCGCCAAAGUCAACUACGUAUUGAGGCAAAGUGCCUGGGCCAGUCCGCAGCAGAUAAGUAGCAUCAUCCAAGAGACACAGCGCCUGAUUAAAGCCAAGCUGGCGGUGCUCCAGCGUUCCAUGCAGCUCUAUCUGAGCAAUCGUGAUACGGAGUUCAUUAUUUUUCGACCGAUUCGUAACAACAUAAUUCAAUCGUUCGUGAAACUGGAACAACUGCUGACCACCAAUGGCUACUCUACCGAUGAUAUGAUCAUCACGAGUUGUCCGUCGGCGGAGCAAGUUUCGAUACUCCUGUCCAGUGCCAGUAUUUUGGCCGCCGAGGGAGUGGCCAGUUUUGCAGCAGCAGCCCGCAAAAUCAGCACUUCGUCGUCGGUGGAAGGAGGUUCCACUGUGGCCAGAAAGCUGAGCACGCUGUCCAAUAAAUCCGAACUGGUGGAGGAGCCAAAGGCCGAGGAAGCCGCUGCCCAGAAAGAAUUGGUUCCUGCGGAGGGAAUUUCAACGGAGAGGAUCGGUGAUCAGGCCAAUUCUCAAUAAUUUGCAAUCUAUCUUGUAUAACUACGUGUAUCUAUUUAUGUAGCUAAGCCUUGUAUCAUAUAUUUAUCUGUUUAGAGUUGCGCAAGAUCGGUUUGCAAUUUCCCUUUUCUAAAGAUCCGUGUGUUAAACAACUCCAAUCUAUGCUUUCCAAAAAAUGUAGAAUUAACAUUGAUUUAUUUUUGCUAAACCACGUAGAAUGUGACGAAGUCGAAGUAAAUUACCAACAAAAUAUUA